CCUCGCAGGGUGUUUCUGAGUCUGUUGCGCAACCAUGGAGGACCAAACGAAUAGGCCUCAUAGGCCGCAAAAAGAGAAGAAGAAGCAUACUGGAGAUCGCAAUCCAAAGGCUUUUGCUUUUGCGAACCCAGGCCGUCUUGCGAAGACGUCUGCGCGCUCCUCAGAUGUGAAAGAAAGAAGACUCCAUGUACCAUUAGUGGACCGCAUCCCAGAUGAGCCGCCGCCACGCCUUGUCGCCAUCGUUGGACCACCCGGUGUAGGAAAGACGACCCUUCUCAAGUCGCUGGUUAAGAGAUAUGCGAAGGAAACUCUAUCGGAACCACAGGGACCAAUUACCGUGAUCACGUCGAAGCGCCAGCGCCUUACAUUCGUAGAAUGUCCCAACGAGCUGGAAGCCAUGGUGGACAUGUCGAAGGUGGCGGACAUUGUCCUGCUUAUGAUCGACGGAAACUUCGGAUUCGAGAUGGAGACUAUGGAGUUUUUGAACAUCCUGUCCGCUAGCGGUAUGCCCGGAAACGUCUUCGGUAUUCUCACGCAUUUGGAUAUGUUCAAGAAGCCGCAGACAUUGAAGGAUGCGAAGAAGCGCCUUAAGAACCGAUUCUGGAGCGAGCUUUACCAGGGAGCACAUCUAUUCUACCUCUCUGGUGUCAUCAAUGGUCGCUAUCCCGACCGCGAGAUCCACAACCUUUCCAGAUUCCUUUCCGUUAUGAAGAACCCCCGACCUUUGAUCUGGAGAAACGCGCAUCCCUACACCGUCAUCGACAGCUUCCGCGACAUUACCCAUCCAACGAAGAUUGAGGAGGACGAAAAGUGCGACAGGACUGUCGUUCUAUCCGGCUACCUUCGAGGCACGAAUUUCGCAGCACAGGGGCAACGAGUACACAUUCCAGGACUGGGUGACUACACAGUUUCGUCUAUGGAAUCGCUUCCAGAUCCAUGCCCGACUCCAUAUAUGGACCAGGCAUUGGCAAAGGUUACUGGGAAGACUGGAAGGAGACGUCUAGAUGAGAAGGAGAAGAGACUACAUGCGCCGAUGUCUGAUAAGAGUGGCUUAAAAAUCGAGGGAGACACUAUCUGGAUUACGCGCGAGAAGGGCUUCAAUUUCGACAAAGACGAUGAGGAUACAGAGCGCGGUCAAGGAGAGGGACUGAUCGUCGGCCUGCAAGGAGAGCGCAAGCUUCUCGGACAGACUGACGAUGGUGUCCGCCUUUUCAGCAACGGAGAAUCGAUCAAGAACGUUGAGGAAGAGGAUACCGGGCGGAAACAGCCAAGAAAGGCUCGUUUCGUCGACAGAGAAGGCGAUUCGGAUGCCGAGGACGGCGCUGAGGAAGACUUUGAAAGUGGGGACGAAGAGCUUGACCCCGAGGACGAAGCCGAGAUCAGCGAGGAGAGACUCGGCAAGGCGUUCAGGAAGGAGAAGGAGGAUAAGGCUGGUGGAGACAUCGCCUUUGCCGACAGCGAUUCCGAUAUGGGAUCUCUCCUUACUGGAGGCGAAAGCGAUGAGGACGACGAGUAUGAUUCCGAGGAGGAGGGCGCACAGUGGAAGAAGAACAUGCUUGCGAAUGCGAAGAAGAUGCAUGGCCAGAAGCGAUCGUACAGAACUGCUGAUUUGGCGCGUUUGAUGUACGAUGAGUCGCUCACCCCGACUGAGGUGCUGAACCGCUGGAGAGGCGAGAUUGAGGAGGAGAAUAUCGAGGAUGACUCUGAUGAUGAUGAUUUCAUUAAGAAGACUUCUCCUGGGAAGGAUGGUGGACUCGCUGAGGAUCGGAUGGUUCCUUUGUUCGAUUACGAGCAGCUAGAGGAGAAGUGGUCUGUUGCAGACAACAUCGACGCGCUGAGGAGGAGAUUUGCCACCGCGGAUUUACUCAAGGAUAAGAAGGGCGGCGGCUCCGACGAUGACAGUGACGAAGAUGGAGAUGAGGAGGAUUCAGAUGAUGAGGGUGAUGGAGAGUUCGAAGAUCUCGAGGCAGACAACGAGGAAGAGGGAGACAAGGAAGACGAUGAACCGAACGACAUCGAAGCCGAGCGAGAAAAGAAUGCCCGACGGAAAGAGGAGUUAAAACUCCGGUUCGAGGAGGAAGAUCGAGAGGGCUUCAACAACGACAAAGCCAUCGCCCGGAGAGAAGGCGGCGAGGAAGAAGAGUUUGGCGAGGACGACUGGUACGAUGCUCAGAAAGCCGUCAUCCAGAAGCAACUCAACAUCAACAAAUCCGAGUUCGAGAGUCUGGACGACCGCUCCCGCGUCAACGUCGAAGGCUUCCGCGCCGGCCAAUACGCCAAGAUGGUCAUUGAGGGCGUUCCCUCGGAGUUCGUGACUCGCUUCGAGCCGCGCAUGCCCAUCAUCGUGGGUGGUAUCAACGCGACCGAGGACCGCUUCGGGUUCGUGCAGGUGCGCAUCAAGCGUCACAGAUGGCACAAGAAGAUCCUCAAGACCAACGAUCCGCUGAUCUUCUCGCUCGGGUGGAGGCGCUUCCAAACGCUGCCUGUGUACUCGAUCUCCGACUCGCGGAUCCGUAACCGUAUGCUCAAGUACACGCCAGAGCAUAUGCAUUGUUUCGGCACGUUCUAUGGGCCGCUGAUUGCGCCUAACACUGGCUUCUCGUGCUUCCAGUCGUUUAGUGCUAAGACGCCUGGGUUCAGGAUCGCGGCGACAGGCACAGUGCUGAAUGUGGAUGAGUCGACGGAGAUUGUCAAGAAGCUCAAGCUGACGGGUGUGCCGUACAAGAUCUUCAAGAACACCUCGUUCAUCAAGGACAUGUUCAGCACGUCUCUCGAGAUCGCCAAGUUCGAGGGCGCGUCCAUCAAGACCGUGUCAGGAGUACGUGGACAGAUCAAGCGCGCGCUCGCCAAGCCCGAGGGUCACUUCCGUGCUACGUUCGAGGAUAAGAUCCUAAUGUCCGACAUUGUCUUCCUGCGCGCCUGGUUCCCCGUGCGACCUCACCGCUUCUACAACCCCGUGACGAACCUGCUCGGAUGGGCGCCUAUGCGUCUGACAGGCCAAGUACGACGCGACGAGGCGCUCCCGACACCACAGCAGAAGAACAGCCAGUACAAGCCCGUCGAGCGCGUAGCGCGCGUCUUCAACCCUCUGCGUGUGCCGCGCCAGCUUGCGGCCGAACUGCCGUUCAAGAGCCAGAUCACGCGGAUGAAGAAGGGGAAGGAGGAGACGUAUAUGCAGAAGCGUGCUGUGGUUGUGGGUGGGGAGGAGAAGAAGGCGAGGAAUCUGAUGCAGCAGCUUCUGACGCUGCGGAAGGAAAAGGUGGCGAAGAGGAGGGUGGCGAAUGAGAAGAAGCGUGUUGAGUACAGGAAGAAGGUUGCAGAGAAUGAGGAGAAGAGGGGGGAGAGGGAGAAGAGGGAGAAGCAGGAGUAUUGGAAGAGGGAGGGGAAGAAGAGGAAGGGUGGGGACGAAGGGGGAGGGGGGAAGAGGGGCAAGUACGGAAAAUAG